AGCCCGAAGGGGAGUCGGCGGCACAAAAUGGCGGCGGCGGCGGCGACGGUCGCGGCCGGCGCUCCGGGGCCGGCGGCCCCCGCCGCAGCGGCCUGUACCCCGGGCUCGGGGAGCGCAGCCCCCGGGUCACAGGGGAUGUUGAUCGGGGACCGGCUGUACUCCGGGGUGCUCAUCACCUUGGAGAACUGCCUCCUGCCUGACGACAAGCUGCGCUUCACGCCGUCCAUGUCGAGUGGCCUCGACACCGAUACGGAGACCGACCUCCGCGUGGUGGGCUGCGAGCUCAUCCAGGCGGCCGGCAUCCUGCUCCGCCUGCCGCAGGUGGCUAUGGCUACCGGGCAGGUGCUGUUCCAGCGGUUUUUCUACACCAAGUCUUUUGUGAAGCAUUCCAUGGAGCAUGUGUCAAUGGCUUGUGUUCACCUGGCCUCCAAAAUAGAGGAGGCUCCAAGACGGAUCCGGGACGUCAUCAAUGUGUUUCAUCGCCUUCGGCAUUUGAGAGAGAAAAAGAAACCUGUGCCUCUACUAUUGGAUCAAGAUUAUGUUAACUUAAAGAAUCAAAUUAUAAAGGCAGAAAGACGAGUUCUCAAAGAGCUGGGUUUCUGUGUCCACGUGAAGCACCCUCACAAGAUAAUCGUUAUGUACCUUCAGGUGUUAGAGUGUGAGCGUAACCAGCACCUGGUCCAGACCUCAUGGAAUUAUAUGAAUGACAGCCUUCGCACAGAUGUCUUCGUGAGGUUCCAGCCUGAGAGCAUCGCCUGUGCCUGCAUUUAUCUUGCUGCCCGGACACUGGAGAUCCCUUUGCCCAAUCGUCCCCAUUGGUUUCUUUUGUUUGGAGCAACUGAAGACGAAAUUCAGGAAAUCUGCUUAAAAAUCCUGCAGCUUUAUACUCGGAAAAAGGUUGAUCUGACACACCUUGAAAGUGAAGUUGAGAAGAGAAGGCACGCCAUUGAAGAGGCCAAGGCACAAGCUAAGGGUCUGCUGCCUGCUGGCACCCAGGUUCUGGACAGCACUUCAGGGUUCUCACCUGCCCCCAAGCUGGCAGAAUCCCCUAAAGAAGGUAAAGGAAACAAGCCUUCCCCGCUCUCUGUGAAGAACGCCAAGAGGAAAAUGGAGGGCGUGAAGAAAGUUAAGGCUGACAGCCCGGUGAAUGGCUUGCCAAAGGGGCGAGGGAGUCGAAGUCGGAGCGGGAGUCGUGAGCAGAGCUACUCAAGGUCCCCAUCACGAUCUGCUUCUCCUAAGAGGAGAAAAAGUGACAGUGGCUCCACAUCUGGCGGGUCCAAGUCGCAGAGCCGCUCACGGAGCAGGAGUGACUCCCCUCCGAGACAGGCACACAGAGGUGCUCCCUACAAAAGCUCCAAGGUGAGGAGCUACCGGAAGUCUAAGGACUGCAAGUACCCCACCCAGAAGCCACACAAGUCCCGGAGUCGGAGCUCCUCUCGGUCUCGAAGCCGCUCACGGGAGCGGGCAGAUAGUUCCGGGAAAUAUAAGAAAAAAAGUCAUUACUAUAGAGAUCAGCGAAGGGAGCGUUCUCGGUCGUAUGAGCGAACAAGCCAUCGCUACGAGCGGGAUCACCCUGGGCACAGCAGACAUCGGAGGUGAGGCGCUGGGCUCCCAGAGUGCUGCCCUUUGCCCCUCAGUGUGCACCCAUGGCAUGACUGGCCCUGUGGUGCAACUGUUUUUGGAAAUGGCUGUUGACUCUGGACCUUGUGAUGAAUUUGGAGAUGGACUCAAGAGGCCGGUGAGGUGCCCUUUAGGCCGGCCUGGGCACAGCGCACACUCGUGCCAGCAUGGGGCCCACCUCAGCAGCAGCCCUGUGCGGCUGGGUGUGGAAGCAGGUGUGUACGUCCCGGCGGGGCGGCUUGGUGCUAACGACAGGCCGUCCUUACUCCCGUACCGAUACUCAAUUACGUCAAACCAAGAAAAUGACUUUUAGAACCUUUGCCUAUAUUAGGUUGUACUUAUGUACAUAUUUUGCAGUGUUUCACAAUGAGAAAAUGGCCUUAAUAGCCCCUUAUUCUCUAUUCGCCCUGUAAAUAAACAUGUGUUUAAUACAAGUUAAAGCUAUAUAUGAAAAUUCAGAACUUGAAUUCUGUCGGCUUAAAACUUGUGUAGAGAAUUCUGAUUUUUAAAAUGUGAAGGUAUUUAGAUCUGUGUUGAAAGUCGUAUAUUUUUAUCUGUGCGAUGCUGAGUGCAGGCCACCAGCUCCCAAAUAGAGAAGUUUCCUAUAUAUGCAUUUUACGUGGUUAAAUAAACACAAUUCUCUCUACUCAGGACAUUUGGAACGUUUCAGAAUGU